CGAGAUUCUUCAAGAGCUUCAGGAGUUGGGAAAUGAGCUCGAAACGGAACAUCCCCGGCUUAAACCCGACGAAGCUGUCGAAAAAUCGCUCGAGACGGGCUCUAAAGCUAUUUAAGCGGGAUCACGUGCUCCGGCAAUUUCUAAAAUGUCACCAACAAAAAUCAACGCACUGGUACCGGCAAUCGUCCCGGGGAACCAGUGACGCCUUCGAAAAGUGCGUUAGAGCGCACAUUCUACCCAACAAUUGUUGGGAGCGCGCCGGCUACCUGCGCACCCAGCAAAUCACGGCGGUAGUCUCAUUCGACGGAAAUCUGGCUCUAACCACAGAUAAGCAGUGCCGAAAGAGCAAGUGGAGCAUUGUGAACCUCGUGAAGCUUCUCCCCAUGGAGCCCGAGAGCCGCGGCAGUGUCUACGAGCUCGGAUGUUGCGAUCUAAGCCUGGAGCCUUCCGGGGAUUGCCUGGCGAUUCUGGCGGUCUUCUGGAUUGAGCUUAACACGAAUAACGUGCCGGCAAAGUGUUUCGGAUCGAUUUAUCGGAUUACAAAGGAGCGACGAGUUGUAUUUUGUAGCCUAAUUCCGUCGCCGUCGAUGGUCGCCUGUUGCCGGCUUACAGACCGUAAAAAGUUCACUGGGGAUCAGCAUUGUCUUCUGGUGUUCUCCAAGGAUGCUCAAGUGUCGGCUUAUACAGUCGAGCCGACGAGGAUCGAGCAAAUCGAGGAUGUUUUCGAUUGGUUCCCGUCGUUGGCGCUCACCAAUUUGCCCGGUGGAGCGCUGAAGACGUCGUGUAAAAUUUGUCAUGUCUAUCGAUAUAGUGCUGUUGGACUUGAUACUGGUGUUCUUAUUGCGUCGGUGUGCAUGAUUGAGGGAAAUGUCAUUUUGGAUAGUAUCCGCCUACGCUAUGCCAGCCCGAUCAGCGUCGUCGAAUUUCUCCCCGAAGUGUCGAAUAACGUCCAACGCCUUCUGAUCUCCUCGUUCAUGGGUCCCGCUCAAAUUUGGCGCCUAAAAUUCUCGAACGACAAGCUGACAUGGGAACAGGAGUGCACAUUCGAACGAUCCCAAUACUACGAUUCGAUCAUUUGCGCUUGCGUUUAUCGAUUUUAUCACGGCGCACCGCCCGUCGUGCUUUUCGGCACGUAUUCCGGACGAAUUUUGCAGUACGAGCUGCCGCCGCCGACGAAAUUCGUUCGGAAAUCGAUGAAAGAUGUCCCAAAGUGCGGGAAACCGAUUAAUUUAUUGAUUAAUCAUGGCAUUUAUUUUAUUCGACAAACGGGUUUCAACGAGAUCGCCUCCAUCACACCAUUCGGCCUGUACAUUCUUCGCGAAAACUUUCACGCCUCCAAACGCCUGGGCAAAUUCGGACAAUUUUGGCUCAACAGGCUCCAAAACCGGCUUCUCGUCAAAAAUCCGGGCUCAAUCGACGAUUUCAGUGCCGCCGAAAUUCGCCGUCUUUCGAUAGACUCGGCUCAAGAACAAAUGCGGCCACGCAUUGGCUCUACCGUAUCACAGCUCACAUUCCGGUACUCGGACGAUGAUACGCUUCUGCUGGAGAAGGGAGGAGAAAAGCGACGGCAGACACUUGGAGCACGAGAUUUUCAGCGCGGAGCCACUCAAUCAAUGUCGGGCUCUUCAAAUGGAUCAUCAACUCGUUUUCGGCCACUCGACGUCAACGUCUCAGAUCUCUACUACCAAGACGGACCAUCAUCAGCGGAUCCUUCUACUCCAAAUCGAUCUGCUCAAUCUCCGCGCCCCAAUGCUCCGCUGCUUCACGAUACUCACCCACCGCAGAGCCCGUUGGCUUCAGGCGGCGGCGGCGGCGGCGAGAAUCGCCCUCAGCCUGUCUUCUUUCGUGCCAUUAACAAGAAGCUGAGCUCUCCGACGCCCCGAGUUCAAAAAUAAUCACUUGUUUAAUUUCGUAAAAAGUUAUAGCGGCUCAAAAAAUGGGCUAAAAUUUGUUUUUUUUUUAGCUAAAAUUUGAAAUUUGACCAACUUGUCAGCGGCUGGAAACUAACUUUUUUGAAAUCACCAUCUAGUUUUGGGUAUGUAAGUUAAUUAACUUGCGUUUUCAACUUGAUUUAGGUACAUUUAAGGUCGGCGGAUCACCAGGCGUUACC